UGUGUGCAUUUGUGUCACUCAUUGUCAAUGACAACGGUUCGGUUUUAAAAUUUAUUUUAAUUUGUAUGAUGUUGCGCUCGGGGUUGGAAUAAAAAAAGGGAAACGUUGUACGUUUUGUUAGAUACGUCGGGAAAAAAAAUCGAGAGAAAUAAAAUUGGCGCGUUAAUCUAACACUUUCGAGGAUUUAUUUAUUUCAUAAAACGUGUUACAGUCGUUUUUUUUGUGUGUUCGUAAAAGUUAUCUUUUUAGUAUGUGAAUGGAUACAAGUUGAACAAGUUUUACAAUUGAAGAAAAAAAGAAAGUGUUUGAAGAUAAAAAUUAUAAUUUUGAAGUUAAAAAUUAAGUUUAGCAAAGAUCAUUAUGUGAACUUAAUUUGGAGUAUAUGUCUGGAAUAUAUUGGAGACUUUUUGUAAGCUAUUUGAUGUUAAUAAAAAAUAUAUCAUUUUUACAUUUAAUUGUAUGGGUAACAAACGAGGCUAUAUGUAUAUAAAUUCCAUUUACACCAAAGAAAAGAGAGAAAGAAAAAAAGGAAUAUAAUAUAUAAUGUUUGUACGGUAAUUAGGACAGUAGGUCAGUGUGAGAAUAUAUUUAUUAUUACAAGGUCAUUAUUCUUUUUGCUUUUGAUGAAGUAUGUGCUUUUAGGUAGCAAAUAAUUAAUAAUUAAUUUUCAUCACUAACGGCGCACUUUUGAAAAGUUGACUGAGUAAAAUGUAAUAAAAAACUAAAACGAAAACAUUACCAUAUAUUUAUAUAUAUAUAUUUAUAUAUAUAUAUAUUUGCAUUUCAUAUCAUAGACACGAAUUAAGUGGUUAACACGUCACAAGUGGAAAAAAGGGAUGGCCAUGUCAAAUACUGUAACAGUUGUCAAAAAAGCGGAAUUUUCGACGCGUGCUAUUGGAUUGUGAACUGUUAUAUAACAUGUGGACAAAACUUACGUGAUUUAUUUCAACCGAUAAAUUGUUUUCAGAUUAAACCGCUACUGACAUGUUUUAUUCAGGAUAUAAGAGCUGGAUGGUAUUUUAUGAGUUCUGUUUCAUCACGAUUUGCUGAUUUGAUAAAUUCAAGCUUUAUCAUGACUACAUAGCGAUGUUUUUCCCAAUUUCAUGACUUUGAAAAGUACGGAUACAGAAAAAAAAUGCCGCAUUAAUGACUUGCGGAAGUUCUUCCUCAUUCAAAAAGCAACUAUAUAUACAUAUAAGCAUAUUCAUUCGAAAGGAACGGGAAAAAAGAGCGUUGAGCACGUCUGAAGAUGUAACGAAGAGUACAAUUGGCACUUUGUUACAAUUAUCAAGUGAUUAACACGAAUUGAAAGUAAAUUUCUAUUAUCAAAAGAACGUAUACUGUAAGAUAUGAAAGCGUUCGAGUGUUUACAAAAAUUUGAGAUGUUUUGUUUAAGAAAACGAAUUUGAGGAUAUUUACAUACACUGUUUUCGGAUAUGUUAAUUCUGGACAGAUGAUUUGUGUUAACGGAUACAGGUCAGUUUUGACUAUAGUCUACAUAUUAAUAUCAAUUUGCACACGAGAUCGUGAAGUAGACUGUCGAGCGAUAAUGGUGGAGCCGCCCCACAGAUCAAGCUUGUGGAGAUUCAACUACAACACCACCGUGAAUCUGCGAGACGACAGCCUUAACUGCGGCGGGUAUGAUUGGCAAUGGCGCGUACACCAGGGGCGAUGUGGGGUUUGUGGUGAUCUAUGGAAUGGUACACAGCAUAAUGCUGACAAAGGCCAAUACGAUACCGGUAUAAUAGUGCGACGGUACACUGACGGCCAUUAUAUAAACGUAACAUUUGAAGUAAGCAGUAACUACCUAGGUUUUGUGGAGUUCAGACUUUGCCCACGUAAUUCCACCAAAGAAGCACUCGACCAGUCCUGUUUUGACAGGUACCCGCUAUGGAUUGAUGAAUCACAUGGUACAAGGUAUUACAUUGGAUCACGUGGCGGUAUAUAUGAUAUACACAUCCGGUUGCCAGGUGGUCUGGUUUGCAAAAAAUGUGUUUUGCAAUGGAAGUAUAAAACAGGUUAUCGCUACAAUGGAGAUGACACCUGUAAAUGUUUAGGCUGUGGGAAACAGGAGCAGUAUGUGAAUUGCGCUGAUAUUGAAAUCGCGCCCACAGAAGGGUGGCCAAAGGGGGAGAUAACUCUAAAAGGUUCGGGAAGAGCGGACGGCUCGUUCCCGAUCUUUGCUGACGCCAUUCAGCCUACGAAAUCUACUCAGGCGGAUUCGAACACGACAAUCAAUGCAGCGGCAAACAUUUAUCCGCCUUUAAUACAGUCAUCAUCAGCUGCAAUUGACGUCACAAAGAUUUCAUCAACGUCAUAUCUUUCACCGUCCAGGGAUAAGAUUUCACUUUCACCCAUACGAAAUAUUCCAGUUGAAAAACUAAAUAUAACAUCUGUAGAUAAUAUUAAACCAAGUAUACGCCCAUCAUCAUCAACCCAUUUAACUUCUAUAAAAUCUACUCGUGCUUCUUCAGUGACGCCAUUAACGACAUUACCAUCUGCUUUAUCAUCAUCUGUGUCUGCAGCGCCACCUGUCAGACCGCGGGUCAUAACACUUGAUGAUAUACGUAGGCAAAUUGUUAGAAAAUUAGGAAGUGAAGUUGCAAAUGGAAUGAAAGUGUUCUUUUCACCACCUGUAGAUGCUGGUCAAACGCCAAGACCAGUUACCCAGAGACCUCAUGUAGGCAGAUUACCCGUGGCACCUCAAAGACCGGAAGUCCCAAAUACUCAGUUUGUCUCUGUAAGUAAUAUCUUAGAUAGGUUUUAUCCGAAUCCGAACUACAUUACACCAUUGUUAUUUUCUCUGGCUCAGUCAAAUGCUUCCGGGUCAAAGACAUCGAAUGGAUGUGAUGUCACUUCCGAUGAGUUUCGAUGCAAAGCGCGAGGAAUAUAUAAUCAAAGUCCCGGCAUAAGUAAAUGGUGUGAAAUUAAUUGUAGAGCAAGCAAUUGUGUAACUUUUAUGUGCGAGUGUUCCUGUGAAGAUAAAAAGCAUAACCAGCAAAACACUAGUUGCCACGCGAUUGCCGAGUUCCACGGGGUUGAAGGCAUGGAUCAGUGGUGCAUAGCUAACUGUAAAGUAGGUUACUGCCCGGCCAAUACAUGUAGUGUUGACGAUUGCCUCACUAAAUCAACAAAUGGUGAAGCGUGACUAGCAACGAACUCGGUGUUGUUAUCUGCAACAUCGACGCCUCGAACAACAACAACAGCAACAUCAUCUACAAAAACAACAACAGCGGUUGCACUGCCAAUACUUACUGCGAAAUCGGUUAUGGUAUCAAAACAAUUAACAAACCCAAGUUUCUUUCCUUUUAUGCCUGAAGGGAAGCUACUGUGGUCAUCUAAAUCGUUGAGGAGUCGUAUAAAACCAUCGGUUUUGUUCACACCAUGAGUUUGACCAAUAAUUACUGGAAGGAUAAAAAAUACCGAAAAGGUCACAAUGUAGAUUAAACGGAAGGAGAACGCUGAGGAUGAGAUUGAGAAUUGGAAUUAUGAAAACAAACAACAAAAAAGGAGUAAAUUCUAAAGCUUAAUUUGCAUUUAAAUAAGCUUGUGAAUAAGUGAUUAAAAUACAAAAUAGCGUCAAUAUUUUUUCGGUAUCAGAAAAAAUCGUCAUUUUUUCAAUAUUUUGUGACCAGUAAAUUAAUUUUGGUUUCAGUAAUUGAUAUCAUGUUUAGCACAAAUAACUCCUUACUGGCAGUUUCCUUAUUGUUUCGAUGCCAAGCUGCAAAAAACAGGGACAACUUUGACAAAAGUGUUAUAACGACAGAAUAUGUAGAUUGACUAGUCUAGUAAAAUAUUAUAAUAUUCAAAAUAUACGUCACGUAUUUUCGGAAUAGUUGAAAAAUAUACUUAUGACAUCAUUUUGCUAUUUCAUGAAGGUGUUGCUAUUUAUUUGUGAGAGAAAAAUGAAGUAGACAUCUGUCUAGUAGUAAUUUAUCUUUGACUUGAUUGUGAACGAUGCAUUUACUUGAAUUUUGUAUACAUUUGUAACAUACAUACGUCUUUGCCAAGAUUGCGAACUUUAACUUAUUAUGUGUGUGCACGGGUUGUCAACUAUGUAUACAGUGCACAGCUUGGGAUCUUUAAAUAUGUGUUGUGGGCGGGUUUUGAACGAAGCAUAAAGUUGUGCCCUUAUUGUAAUCUAUACAUGUGCGUGUGUGCCCGGGCUGUGAACUAUGCAUACAUUUGUGCCUUAAUUUGUGAACUAUACAAAUAUACAUUGAACGUUGGAUUGAGCCGCCGUUGCGCAAAUGUGUGCCAAAGUUGCAAACAAUGUAAACUUUGAAUGCAUGUUUUCACAGUUUUUUAAUUAUACAUACAAAUGUACCUAGUUUGUUAACUGUGUUUAAAGCUUUAAUUUUGACAUUGCGUUAUUAAGCAUCAUUUAUUCAUGUAACCAUUGUUUGGUUAACGUACAUAUUUACAAUUAUUUAUUUUCGUUUGCAUAUUCAAAUCAUUAUGUAACAUUCCGGUGAUUUGAUUAAAAACCAGUGAUAUAAUAUAUUUAUAUUAAACAUUAAUUAUCU